AUGAGCAUUCAGGGCUACUACAAUCCACAACACGUUGGCGAGUGGAAUGGCCCCCAAUCUGGCCCACCACCGCCCAUUCACAACGGGUAUCCAGCCAUGAAUGGUGUCAUGGACGGACAAAUCGGCAUGUUCCAGCUGCCACAGAACGGAAACGGUGCGCAGCAAAACUUUGGCCCGUCCUCGCCCGACUUCCAACCUGGUCAGAUGCAGCCUGCAUAUCCGAUUAUUGGUUAUCAACAUCAGCGCGGGAUGAUCCCUGGCAAUGCGUCGGACCCCCAACUGGCCCUUCGUGGAAACGAAUAUGGCAACCCAAUGUACAACGCUGUCAUGAAUGGCAUCCAGCAGAUGAACAUCAACGGCUACAGCCAGGGGCCCCCGAUGCACAGCUUCGUCCCUCAGAACGGCAUCCCCCAAGAAAACAUCCAAUACGGGGAUACUUCGAAGCCGGUCCUCACCAACCCACCGCCAUAUGAGGUACCCGCCGGAAACAUGCCACCAUCCCAUUCUGAUCCGGCGCUCUACCAAAUGAUGCAGCCCCAGCAGCCGACUAUUAAUUUCGAGAACUACGAGAAUAUUCCGGUGCACGUCCGUGGAGACCAAGUGCUUCCACCAAUCGAUACAUUCCGUGAGGCCAACUUCAGCGAGCUGGUUCAAGUCAAUGUCGACAUGAGUGGCUACGUGAAGCCGACCCCCGUCCAGAAAAAUGCAAUCCCAUCGCUGCUUGCUGGACGCGAUCUGAUGGCUUGCGCCCAAACCGGCUCCGGAAAGACCGCCGCUUUUCUGUUGCCUAUCAUCAACAAUAUCGUCACAGCUGGCCUCACUCCAUAUGAGGAAAUGAACCCACAUAUCCGUCGCAGCAAGCAAUUCCCUUACGCCCUCAUCCUAUCCCCCACUCGCGAGUUGGCGAUGCAGAUUCACAAAGAAGCUCAAAAAUUCUGCUUCCGCACAAAUGUGCUGACCGCCAUGUUCUACGGAGGCCGCGAAAACUACAGGGAGCAGCUGAACAAGUGCCGUUACGGUUGCCACAUUAUCAUUGCCACGCCGGGACGGCUGAUCGAUGUUGUGAAUCAACAGUACGUCUCUCUGGAGCGUUGCCAAUUUCUGGUCCUGGACGAGGCCGAUCGUAUGCUUGACAUGGGAUUUGAACCCCAGAUUCGCAAAAUCGUCUCUCUCGGCCUUCCCGACAAAAUGGCUCGCCAGACAGCCAUGUUCAGCGCCACCUUCCCGAACGAGAUCAAGAAGCUGGCCGAGGAUUUCCUGAAGCCAAACUUCAUCCACAUGGCUGUGGGCCGAAUCGGCUCGACUUCCGAGAACAUCGAGCAGACCAUUCUUUGGGUUGAUGAACAUGAGAAGAGGGGCCAUUUGCGCAAUCUCCUCGAUAAUGAAGACCGCGGAGCACUGAUUCUGGUGUUCGUCGAGACUCGCCGUGCUGCCAACGACCUAUCUUUCCAACUUCAGGGUGCAGGUCAUCGCGCCGUUGCCAUCCAUGGUGACCUCAAGCAGCCCGAUCGUGAGCGCAAUUUGGAGAUGUUCAAGAACGGAAGCAACCCGAUUCUUGUUGCGACAGCUGUGGCUGCCCGUGGAUUGGACAUCCCUAAUGUCAAGCACGUCAUCAAUUACGAUAUGCCCAACGACGUCGACGAAUAUGUGCACCGUAUUGGGCGCACUGGUCGCUGCGGUAACCAAGGACAAGCUACGUCCUUCUUUGCUGAAAAGAACAAAGCUCUUGCUCGUGAGCUGAUGGCCGUUCUGAACGAAUCGAACCAGUCGGUUCCCGACUGGCUUCCCCCAGUGGCCGCUCAGCCACCAAGCCAGCGCAACAACAAAUUCAUGCGUGGAGGUCGCGGAGGAACUCGCGGCAACUUCGGAAUGAUGAAUGGUGGAAACCGUUUCCCGCAGCCACCCAACCAGCCGUUCCAAAUGAAAUUCGGGAUGAUGCCACGUGGGCCAAUGGGACCACCUGGAGGCGCAUUCACCAACCCGCCACCUCUAAUGAUGCAGCCGACCUUCAACCCCAUGUGCAUGCCGCCACUGCCGCAACAGAUGUUUUAUGGUGGAAACGGUGGCAAUGGCGUGAUGUAUGGGCGUGGCAAUUUCCGGGGUGGGAUGCCGCCAAAUCGCGGUGCUAGGGGAUCGUUCAAUGGAAAUAUGCGCGGAGGAAUGAUGCCAAACAACUCAUUCUCCGGCAAUGGCCAAGAAUGGCAACCUCGUCCUCCAGUAGCUGCUGCUGCUCCUGUAUCGAAC